AUGCCCGGAAGUCCCAUGAGACGAAAACGUGCUGCGCAUGCAACGCUGUCCAAGACACCUGCGACUGCCGCUACAGCUGCUCCCCCCGCCGCCGCCAAUGUGCAGACGACGACGGAAUCGCACCAGCAUGAUCACUCACAUGCCAACAAGGUGAAGGGAAGGGCUGAUGACUUCGAUACCCUGCUGAAGCCAUUCUACUACACCAAAUCUCUCACUGAUCCGAUAAACACGGCCAAGGAUAAAUGGAACUUAUUACCUGCCUUUCUCAAGGUUAAGGGCUUAGUUAAGCAACAUAUUGAUUCAUAUAAUUACUUUGUCGAGGUCCAAUUGAAGAAGAUCGUGCAGGCUAGCGCAGAGAUUCGUAGCGAUGUCGAUCCGAAUUUCUAUAUUAGAUUCCACGACAUCUACCUGGGCACGCCCCGACGAGCUGACGAAGAGCAAGACUCCAACUUCAAUGCAGCGUCCACAAUCACCCCGAACGAAUGCAGACUGCGCGAUAUGACCUAUGCAAGCCCGAUCCUGGUAGAUUUCGAGUAUGUUCGUGGUAGGCAACGGGUCAAGCGGAAUGGGACAGCCAUUGGUCGAAUGCCAGUUAUGCUCCGCAGCUCUAAGUGCGUGUUGUCGAAUAAGUCCGAGGCUGAGAUGCAGCUUUUGCAAGAGUGCCCACUUGACCCCGGCGGGUAUUUUAUUGUCAAUGGCACGGAGAAGGUUAUUUUGGUUCAGGAGCAGUUGAGUAAGAAUCGGGUUAUUGUGGAGACGGACUUGAAGAAAGAAAUUGUUCAGGCUUCAGUCACUAGCUCUUCAAACGAACGAAAGUCGAAGAGUUACAUCAUUCUUAAGAAGGAGCGGAUUUAUGUGAGACAUAACGUUCUCAACGAAGAUGUUCCAAUCGUCAUUCUUCUGAAAGCGAUGGGGAUUCAAUCUGACAAAGAGAUGUUGCUUCUUGUUGCUGGCAUCGACAGCACGUAUCAGGAAGAUUUUGCCAUUAACUUCGAGGAGGCGGUGAAGCUGGGUAUAUAUACCCAGCAUCAGGCGCUGGAAUAUAUCGGGAGCAGAAUCAAGAUCAACCGAAAACCAAAUAAUUUUGGCGUUAUCCGUCGUAACUAUGUCCAGGAAGCCAUCGAAGCGAUAUCUUCGGUUAUUAUCUCGCAUGUUGUUGUGGAGAACCUCAACUUCCGUCCCAAGGCUCUAUACGUCGCGCACAUGGCUCGACGUGUCUUGAUGGCAAAGCAUGAUCCAAGUCUUGUAGACGAUCGAGAUUAUGUGGGUAACAAACGGCUGGAACUGGCUGGCCAGCUUCUGUCAUUGUUAUUUGAGGAUCUAUUCAAGAAGUUCCAGUUCGACAUAAAAAUGAAUAUCGAUAAAGUUCUGAAGAAACCCGUGCGGACGGAACAGUUUGACGCAUAUGGGGUCGUCGCCAUACAUGGUAAUCACAUCACCCAAGGGAUGAACCGGGCCAUCUCAACUGGUAACUGGAGUCUGAAGCGGUUCCGCAUGGAACGCGCAGGUGUUACACACGUAUUGAGUCGACUAAGUUACAUCGCGGCGUUGGGUAUGAUGACCCGUAUAUCGAGUCAGUUUGAAAAGACUCGCAAAGUAUCCGGGCCUCGAGCUCUACAACCGUCGCAGUUUGGCAUGCUGUGUCCGUCCGAUACACCUGAAGGCGAGGCUUGUGGUCUUGUCAAGAAUUUAGCCCUCAUGACGCAUAUCACUACUAACGACGAGGAGGAACCUGUGAGGAAACUGAUCUUCGCCCUCGGCGCUGAAGAUGUCCAGACUGUCGGUGGGCGUGAGCUGCAUGGCCAGGGAACUUAUAUUGUAUUCCUUAACGGAUCCCCCAUCGCGUUAACGCGACGACCCAAAUUUUUCCUACAUUCCUUCCGACGGUUGCGUCGGACGGGACGGGUUUCGGAAUUCAUCAGCGUGUUCAUCAAUCACCACCAAAGAGCAGUGCACAUCGCGACGGAUGAUGGACGCAUAUGUCGUCCGCUAAUCAUUGUCGAAGACGGGAAAUCCAGAGUCCAAGCCCGUCAUCUUCGCGCACUAAGGAGUGGAUCGAUGGAAUUCGAUGACUUCUUGGCCCACGGGCUCGUAGAGUAUCUGGAUUGUAAUGAAGAGAAUGACUCAAAUAUUGCCGUCUAUGAAAAUGACAUCGUUGACAGCACGACACAUUUGGAAAUCGAGCCUUUCACGAUUCUCGGGGCUGUAGCCGGUCUCAUUCCCUAUCCCCAUCACAACCAAUCCCCACGAAAUACAUACCAAUGCGCUAUGGGUAAACAAGCCAUCGGCGCAAUUGCCAACAACCAAUUCCUUCGCAUCGACUCCCUCCUCUACACCAUGGUUUACCCUCAGAAGCCGAUGGUGAAAACCCGAACAAUAGAGCUGAUCAAAUACGACAGACUCCCCGCUGGCCAGGCCGCCACUGUGGCCGUUAUGAGUUAUUCCGGCUAUGACAUUGAGGAUGCCCUCGUGCUGAACAAGGGCUCUAUAGACCGUGGCUUUGGCCGCUGUCAAGUCUUCCGCAAAUACUCCACGAACCUCAAAAGCUACUCAAACGGCACGAAGGACAAACUAAAAGGCCCCGAUCGUGAAAAUGGCCUUCCAGUCCGCAAACACGCACUUCUCGACAACGACGGCCUGGCCGCUGUUGGCGAAAAGGUAAACCAAGGUGAAGUCUACAUUAACAAAGUCACACCGGAAAACGCCUUGUCGUCCGGUAUCACCGGCUCCGACGCCGGCAGGCCAAUCACCUACAUCCCCUCCCCGCAGACCUACAAACUCCCUGACCCAAGCUACAUCGACAAAGUCAUGAUCUCCUCCACUGAGGCGGAGAACCAACUGAUAAAAGUACAAACGCGCCAAACUCGCCGGCCGGAGGUUGGCGACAAAUUCUCCUCGCGUCACGGGCAAAAGGGCGUCGUCGGCAUCAUCGCCGAGCAAGCCGACAUGCCCUUUAGCGACCUAGGCAUCGUUCCAGACAUCAUCAUGAAUCCUCACGGUUUCCCUUCACGUAUGACGGUGGGGAAAAUGCUGGAACUCGUUGCGGGCAAAGCGGGCAUUCUCUCUGGCCAGUUCAGUUACGGCACUGCCUUUGGCGGCAGCCCCGUUGAGGAAAUGUCUGCUAUCCUUGUCAAGCAUGGCUUCUCGUAUGGUGGGAAGGACUGCCUAACGUCGGGUAUCACGGGUGAAUCACUUCCCGCGUACGUCUUCAUGGGGCCCAUCUACUACCAGAAGCUGAAGCACAUGGUGCAGGAUAAGAUGCAUUCGCGCGCUAGGGGGCCGCGGGCGAUCUUAACGCGUCAGCCGACGGAGGGUCGUUCGCGUGACGGUGGUCUGCGUCUCGGGGAGAUGGAGCGCGAUUGUCUGAUUGCUUAUGGCACGAGUCAGUUGUUGUUGGAACGGUUGAUGAUUUCGUCUGAUCAGUAUGAGGUGGAUGUUUGUGAGAGUUGUGGGUUCAUGGGGUAUUCGGGGUGGUGUCAACGGUGUAAGUCUUCACGGGGGGUGGUGAAGAUGAUUAUCCCUUACGCAGCGAAGUUGUUGGUUCAGGAGCUUUUUAGUAUGAAUGUCGUGGCUAGGUUGAAGCUUGCGGAUGAGUUUCCCGAGGACCGGGGGAAGUAG